AUUAUUGAAGUCAUUGUAUCUGCCUCCCUCUUGUGUUAAGUCUUUUACAACAUUCCUGUGUCUGCUUUUCAAUAACGAUCCGCUUCGCCGAGGCGGAGUUCGCCGAAUUUUCCAUAAAAUUCAGGUUUAAGUUCGAGAUGAGGAGAAAAACGUGAUAGAAGACCAGCCUUAUACUCAUCAGUCAGCAUUUUAUAGUACCAGACAUCAAGGGAAGAUCCGCAUUUCUUCAAAAUGAUGCUCUCAAGGCAAAAGCCGGCCACGGGGCCAGGCUCUUCCACACCAGCACAGGAGAGUAAGAAGAAGAAACAGAUGCCAAAACUGAAAGAACUCCUGGAUCUCAGAGACUACACAGGGGCCUGUACAUUAUUAGAGUUCACUCGGCACAGCGGUAAGGGUUCUGAUGAGACGGACAUGUGGUUGGCCUUCUGUCUCUUUCACCUCGGUGAUUACAAGCAAGCUAUGGAGGAGUACGAGAAGUUGAGCAAGAAAGAAACCUGUAACCCGGAAGUGUGGGUCAACCUCGCAUGCUGUUACUUCUUCCUUGGGAUGUACCCCCAGGCCGACGAAGCCUGCAAUAAAGGACCCAAGAGUGGAUUACAGAACAGGCUUCUAUUUCAUCUAUCACAAAAGUUUAAUGAUGAGAAUCGGCUGAUGAACUACCAUCAAUCCUUACAAGACAUCAUUGAGGAUCAGCUUAGUCUUGCCUCCAUUCACUAUCUCAGAAGUCACUACCAAGAAGCCAUCGACAUCUACAAACGCAUUCUCCUUGAUAAUCGGGAAUACUUGGCCUUGAAUGUCUAUGUUGCGCUGUGUUACUACAAGCUGGAUUACUACGACGUUUCCCAGGAGGUCUUGGCCGUUUAUCUCCAGAACUACUCUGAUAGUGCCAUCGCCCUGAAUCUCAAAGCCUGCAAUCACUUCAGACUCUACAACGGCAAGGCUGCUGAGGCUGAGCUGAAGAACCUUCAAGAUCUGGCCUCGCCUUCUUUUACAUUUGCUCAGGAUCUCAUCAAACACAACCUUGUCGUCUUCAGAGCUGGAGAGGGGGCCCUUCAAGUUCUCCCUCCCCUCAUCGACGUCAUUCCAGAGGCGAGGCUCAACUUGGUCAUCUAUUAUCUCAAGCAAGAUGAUGUUAAUGAAGCAUAUAACCUGAUCAAGAAUCUAGACCCGACCACUCCUCAAGAAUACAUCCUCAAAGGCGUCGUCAAUGCAGCUCUGGGACAAGAGCAAGGAUCGCGAGAACAUCUGAAGAUAGCUCAGCAGUACUUUCAGCUUGUGGGUGGAUCAGCUAGUGAAUGUGACACAAUUCCUGGUCGACAAUGCAUGGCAUCCUGUUUCUUCAUCCUCAAACAAUUUGACGAUGUCCUCAUAUAUCUCAAUUCAAUAAAGAGUUACUUCUACAACGAUGACAACUUUAACUUUAAUUAUGCUCAAGCCAAGGCCAUGGCUGGCAAUUACAAGGAAGCGGAAGAGAUCUUCAUGCUGAUCCAGAAUGACAGACACAAACAGGACUAUGUCUACCUCAGCUGGCUGGCUAAGUGCUAUAUAAUGAAUCGCAAGGCUCGUCUGGCAUGGGAGCUCUAUCUGAAGAUGGAAACAUCAGGAGACUCAUUCAGUCUUUUACAGCUCAUAGCAAAUGACUGCUACAAGAUGGGUCAGUUCUACUAUGCCUUCAAAGCGUUUGACGUGUUGGAGAGAUUAGAUCCUAACCCUGAGUACUGGGAGGGAAAGAGAGGGGCCUGUGUAGGAGUCUUUCAACAGAUCAUUGCUGGUCAUGAACCAAGGGAGACAUUACGAGACAUUCUUCAGAUCUUGAGGAACACGGGGAAUCCCCAGGUUGAAUACAUCAUCAGAGUGAUGAAGAAGUGGGCCAAGGAUAACAGAGUCCCCAUCGGUAACUAAGAAACCCCACCCAACACGAGGAAUCCCCGAGGUAGAAUACAUCAUCAAAGUGAUGAAGAAGUGGGCCAAGGAUAACAGAGUCCCCAUCGGUAACUAAGAAACCCCACCCAACACGAGGAAUCCCCUAGGAGAGUACAUUAUCAGAGUGAUGAAGAAAUUGGCCAAGGCUAAGCAACCCAUAUUGACAGAGGAAGAUGCUGAAGAGAAUAUAAAGUACCAAAGCGUGACGUCAUCAAUUUUUCCUUUUUAUGCAUUUCAGCAUUUGUGACACCAUAUUUCGAUUGAGCAUGAGAUACCUGCAAAACCCAAAUUUGGUGGGAAAUGGUCCUUGGCUGUCCAAGAUGGGACCUCAUGAAUACAUAAUUAGCCUCAUUAAAGUCUGUGUAUUAUUGGUCUGGUUCUAAAUGUCACAUACAGUACCAAGCCAAUAAUACAUUGACUUCAAUGGGGCAAAUCAUGUAUUCAUGAAGGUGUAUUUUGGGCCUCCAUGGAGCGAAUCCCACCAAAUACGGGUUGUGAAUAUUUUUCAUCACUCCUUGCCGAGGUAUGGUAGUAAAAAAAAAUCUUAAAUGCACAGAAAGUUUGUUGUGAGGUGUUCACUUUGGUAUAAAAACGAUGACCAUAAAAUUGCAGUCAUUGUCACAGGUCGAAGGUCACCAUGCUAUACAAAUGUGUCGGUAUUUCAUGGUUCGAUAAGAUGUCCACAAAGUUUUAUGUGUAUCAUCUUGCUGUAUGUUGGAUUUAGGAAGAUAUAAGGUUGUAUUGCCCUAUUGUUCAACACAUAAAAUCCAUAGGCUUUCACUGAGGAUGGUGAUAUAUACAAUUAUUCCAUCAUUGUCCCAUUUUAUUCAAAGAUUAGAACCACAGUUCAGAUUAUAGAUACUGUUAAUAAUGAAGUAAAUUUAUAUUUACUUAAUAUCUUCUCAUCUCCUUUUAAGUAGGGGGUUAUUUUUCAAUGUAUAUAGUGAUGUAUAUAGAAAAAAAAUUGUAAUUUGAUGUAUAUUGUAUAUAUGCUCUUCAUAAAUGUCAAUUUUUAGAAUACCAAUGUGAAAUUCAAAAUGAAUGCUGUGAGUAAUGAAGAGAAAACAUAAAUAUGAAUUGUCACAGAUGCAUUGCAUAUUGAAGAUGCUGUUUUAGUAAAACAUAUUUCAAUUAAAAAAGGAACACAUGUAAGUACUAAAACUGACAUAGAAAGUUUUCUCAAAGUAUACACAACAAGCAAGUUUCCCAAAUAUUAAAAAAAAUAUAUUUUGCAGGUGCAUUGUGUCUACUCUUAGUGGUCAGCUUCUGUGUAAAAUAAAAUGAAACCUUGAAAUCUAAUUUUGAGUAUUAUCUUUGUACAUGUAACCUUGAAUCACUGUUAAAGGGGAAUACAACCUUGUUUAUAAAAUGUUGUGUUGGAAAAGAGUUAAAUAAGAAAAACAGAAUGGUGAAAGUUGGAUGAAAUUGGACAAGCAAUAAGAAAGUUAUGGCUGCUUUAAAAUUUAGUUCCCUAAGACUAUGUAAAUUUCAAAUUGGGAACUGGGUAAGUAAAUUAUGACAAGGGGCAAGGACAACUUUCCCAUAGGCCAUGCACUUAAUAAUUAUCAGGGAUUUGUGGUUUUCUCCCAAGUACUUUUUUCCCCUGGGGGCAUAAUCAAAAUAUAACCCAGGUGGCAUAUUGUUUUACAUCCUCAUGAAAGAAAAAUGUAAUUUGAAGUAGACCUUUUGAAAAAAAAAUGACAUGCAAGGGUAGUCCUUGCCUAUCAUCACUAUGACAUCACAAAUGCGGCCAAUUUGAAGUCUCCAUGGGUAUUGUAAAUACCAAUUUUUACAACUUUUAAAAAAUUCAUAACUUUCUUUUUGUUUAUCCGAUAUUGUUCAAACCUUCACAUAUUAACUUCUCUGAUUUUUCUUUUCUUUCUAAAAAGCAAUAUUUUAUUUGGGUUUGAUUCCCCUUUGACAAUCCUGUGUAUGACUGAACCUUUAACAUUUCACAAAGAUUUAAGUACAUGUAUGACUUAAGGCCAACGCACACCUUACAACUUGUCGCGAUCCGAUUUUGGAACAAAUCGCAUUUUGCUCAUUUUCUGAAAAUGUGAAUGGAACAUAUUUUAUUUGAGGUUAAAAUUAAUUGAAAGAAUACUAAUAUAACCAUUUUGAAAGAUUGCAAGCCUUUAUUUUGGAGUAAAGGCCAAAUUAGUUUCAAAUUGUAGCCAAUCGUACGACUGCUAUGACGUCAUUACGACUAGAAAUUAAAUUCGUUUUUAUGCUAAGAAGGAUGAUAGCAGAGUCACAGAUUUGAACAUAGGUAUUCGUACAUUUACAGAGCUUCCAAGUCUCCCGGAUCCUGCGGGAGAAUACUGGAUUGCGAUCCAAUCUCCCGUUCUCCCGACCCCAUGCCAAAAUCUCCCGGAUAAUCAGGAUUUUUAGCUGUUAAAUUGUAAAAUUCAUACAAACGACUGUUUUACGAGUCUAGCAUGUUCAACUCCCUAACACCCACGUGGAAACUCCUUAUCACAUUUUCAUUUUACCCAGUAGCUUUUACCAGUUUUUGUAUAAUCGUACGUUGAUUUCCAAUGUAAAUGAAGAUAAUUUUACUGAACGACUGGUGAACUAGUCUAACAAGUCAUUUAUUUCCGGGUUUUGCAAUGUGUGCGACGGAAACACUUCAGCGGCACUCCAUGCACAUGCUCCCCCGAUGCUCCGAUCCCCGGCACAGCCGGCCCUGCCUGGCCUCCACGCGCGCGCCAGGAGAAGGGAAGUCCACGAGCGCUGCGAGGCGUUUUUCGUAAGCUUGUGUGCGCCUUAUUCGAGCUGAAACUGGAUAAAUCAUGGGAUUAACAAGUGGAUUACUUUCAGGAAUAAUUUUAUUGACAAUCCUGAAGAACAGAAGCAAAGUGGAGAUUUUUUCCCCUACUUUCACUUGGGUUGAUCGGAUUCGAACAUUUUCUCUUUCGGGAGUGAGCUAGCCUGGGCCUCGCGCUUGCUGGCUGAGCCGUGCAUGUGCGAAGCAUGCCCUGUCCUGAUUCAUCCACACUACAAUCGCAUUGUCAGUGACCAUGGAGAUCAUGGAGAUGGAGUCAUCCAUGACCAAGACGACAAAAUACUUUUCGAAAUAUAAAGAUAAUUUUCAAGCGGAAUGGGACUGUGUGACAAUUUUCACAGGAAUCCCUCAGAGACUUUAAACAGGCCACAAAGAGUUUAUAAGUCUUUGCAGGGCCAGGCAAGCUCAUUUACCAUGUAUGUUUACCAUAACUGCAGCCCCUUCCCCCUCUGGACAAUUAAAGGUAUUUUCUUGUUGAAUCCAUUUUUUUAUGAAUUAUUUAAAAAAUCAAAUGUUUUUUUUUUUCUUAAUGUGUUUUUGCUCCCCAAAACUCCCAUCCGUGGGACAACGUUCCGCCGCUCCCUCACAAAACCAUACCUCCGCGAAAUCUACUGGAUUCUAUCUUCCCAAUGUUGGCAGCUCUGGUACAAUGAUUUAGAACAUUACACAGUAAGAUAUUCCAAGUCUCAAUAUUAGCAUCAAAUUCUACUACAUUUUAUUCUGAAAUCGAGUCGCAGACCAAUCGUAAGGUGUGCGGUCACCUUUAGAGUCACAAUUAAAUGCCUAGUCGCAUGCUGUAUAAAAGGCAUGACUGCACUGGUCAGAUCAUGCCAAGAGGAAGCGCACUAUUCCAUAUUGAUCAAUAAGAUUGCGCAAUGCAUAUCACGUCUGCAUCGGCAUUUAAGUGCGACUUUAAGUCAUACUUAAAUCUUUGUGAAUCACCCCCAGAUCAUAACAUCAAUACUUAGUUGUAUUCACUUGUAAAUGCAUCUUGGAAUCAUAUAAGAAUUAAUUUUUACUUACUUUGAAUAAACUUUAUAAAGUAAGUACUAAACACUGUUUUGAAUUUAUCACCUUGAUUCUUUAAUAUUUAUUAACCGAUAAAAUACCCUUUCCUUGUUAGCUUUCUGAAGUUGCAAUUCAAAUUUUAUAGUUUAAAUCAAACCAAAGUUUAGAAUAAAUUAUUGGCUGUCUAGGCUGGUCAUUGCCAGAUCAUUAUAAGAACAAGUCUUAGAAUAACCAAUGUGAAUUAUUUAUUGCUUUCAUAUAUUGCACUAUUCUUUUUUUUUUUGUCAAAGAUAGGAUUUGCUGAAGUUGAUGAACCCGCUUUAUACAACUUGUGUAUAUCAAACUUGUGAUUUCCUUUGCUAAUUAUGAACUCGUUUUAGAAAUUGUGCAUUUCUUAUCACAAUUCUUUACGACACAUCUAUGAAUCAUACCAUGUUGUUCUUGUGCAUCUGUGAUGAAUUAGCACUUUGGACAAUUAAUAUCAUGUAGCAUUUUCUCAAUACUUUUGAUGGCCAAUUAAAAUUAGAAGCAAAUUCUUCAUCACAA